AUGAGGGCAGUGGGUGCAGGCGGGCGCUCGCUCGCACAGUGGCAGCGAACAGAGGCGGCAGCAGCAGCAGCAGUUGCCCAGCCCCCACUCCCUCCCUCAGCCACCCACUCACCGCCAGUUCCCGCCCCGCUAAACUCGCCCGUUUCAUAUCUCCACACCUCCGCCUGCGCGCAGUUUCUCGCCACACGUAUCAGCUUCUUCCUGACGUCGUACGUGCUGCCGCUGCUGCUGAUCGUGAGCCUGUACCUGCGCAUGCUGAUGCGGCUGUGGCGCGCCGGGGCGCCAGGCGGCCACCUAUCCGCCGAGAGCCGGCGCGGCAAGAAGCGCGUCACGCGCAUGGUCGUCGUCGUGGUCGCCAUCUUCGCCGUCUGCUGGUGUCCCAUACAGGUGAUCCUGGUGCUGAAGACGGUCGGGAUGUACGACAUCACGACAGCGAAGGUGAUGCUGCAGAUCGUGUCGCACGUGCUGGCCUACAUGAACUCGUGCGUCAACCCCAUCCUGUACGCGUUCCUGUCGGACAACUUCCGGAAGGCGUUUCGGAAGGUGAUCUACUGCGGGCCGGCGGGCGGUGGCGGCGGGGCGCAGCGGGGGCGGAGCGUGGGGCAGCGGCAGAGGGCCGACGGCGCGGCGGCGGGGGCGGGCGCCAACGGCGGCGACGCCCAGCUGCGGCCGCUGCACGCGCACACCGCCAACGGCACCAAGACCACGCGCGCCGACGCUUCCACCGACGACCUGCUCUGAGCUCCCACCAGUUGUAGAGUGACGUGGCGGCCGGCGCAGCCCCCGACGGUUUCGUGCUGUCGCCGCGGCGCCCUCGGCCACAGCGUGCAGACGUCGCCCCACCUGGAGCCGCUGCGGCGCACAGCAGCCGGCCGCUACUCCGGGACACAGCCAGCUCUGACCCUGCUUUCACCGGCGCGCCGGCGUGUUAUCGCUGGACGCUCGUCUCUCGCCACUUUGCCACACCUCACACCGCCUGUCCGCCCGCACACCAGUCCAGCGACGCACUGCGAGGUUGCUGCCUCGUUAGGCUCUGUCACAAAUGGCGGUCUCAGUUUCCCCAACAACAGUCUUAAACAGAAGUUCGUCCAUCAGGCCGCUUUUCCGUGUCCAAGACAGGCCGAAGUGAAAUUCGAACAUUUCAUUGUAAUCUCACUCGUCUUUCUUCUUACCCAGCAUAAUGCCGCUAACACAUAUCGUGUAACCACUUAUUAUGUAGCUGACUGCUACAGUUCACUAAACACUUCCGAGUGAUAACCCAAUACACGCUCUCCCAUCUGAAGAGAUUGCUAUAUCGAAGGAAAUCAUUACAAUUACCAGCAUGCAGCGUACAAACUAUUUUAAUAUGAUAAUAUCAACAAAGCCAAAAAUUUUAAGUUAUCGUAUCCCUUUCCCAGGAAUAAAUGAAGUUAUUCUCACAACAUCAAUGAUGAAUCCGCUAUAGUUGUAAAAAUUACUUAUUUCUAAAAAGGAAACAAGAACCCGGUUUCAGGACCUGUGUCCCGUCUUCAGGUGUAUAUUGAAAUGUGAGCCAACAAACGGUGGAUAACUAAGGUUAAAAUAGGUUAAAACGUGUUUAAACAGUGCAUCCCUGGAUGCAUUAUUUGACCAUGUUUUAACCUAUUUGAACCUCAGUCAUCCAUCGUUUAUGGACUCAAAUUUUAAUAUACAUAUGAAGCCGGGACACAGGUCCUGAAACUGGGUUGUUGUUUCCUUUCUAGUAAUAAAUAAUUUUUACAGCUCUGCUAGAUUUUAUCAUUGAUAUUGAGUAUCAGCAGAUGUGGAUGGAAAAAAAUUCAUAAAAGAUGGAAUAAAUUACAGUGAAAUGUCCAAAAAAUACGUUCAUUUAUUAAUUUGGAAUCGGUGACGUUUCCCUUCAAGAAUUCGAUCACAGCUGUAUUUUAAAUAAAAUACUUCGCGAAUCUUCGAUCGCUGAAAUUGCUCCUGACAUUACGACUGAAACCGUUCCACCCUGUUGAAUGAACGAAUAUUGAAGGAAGGUAGCUUGUCGGCCAAAUUAUUAGAACCUAAUUUUGAAAAAUACUGGUAAAUGUUAAAAAAAGGAAACUGAAAUACUCUGCAACUAAAUAAGGACCUGUAGAAGUCGACAUUACGAACUUCUUACAUUAUUGUUAAACGAUGUACAUUUCCAUUGUGACGUACGGCGGUGGGGUUUGUGGCGACCAUAAUGACCAGUGGCAGUGGUUACAGGUAGAAUCGGAAAAUCAGAAACAAAACUGCAGUUCCUGUUUGCCGGCGAAAGACAGCGAAGCAUUAUCUUCACCUCUAUCCCUAUUCAUAAGUAUAAUAAUCUCGCCACAGCCACCAUUCUCAUAAAGUUGAAUGAUAUGGAAAUGAAGACAUUUUUACCCAGUCUGUAAAGUUUCACUCUAUGGUAUAACUCUUCAGAUGGUACAUUACUUGGAGGCGCAAGUAAUAACUAUUCGUGCGAAAUGUGAAGCGCUGUAGGGACAGUGAUUAAGUUACACUUCUAGAACGGUGGAGAGAAUUCGUAGCUCCCACAGGACUCGAAAUGGCACGUGACAACCACUAUUUACUACAUAACUACUAUUUAAGGCAAAAUAUGAGAGUAUGUAAUGUUUAGUUACCGGGAUAACUAAUAACUAACUCACUAGUACUAGCGACCUUUCGGUGUACACUGCAUACAUUGACCUACAAACGUGUGUCAACACUGUUUUGAAACGGAGUGUGCUUGGAGUCGACACUCCAUAACGCUACCGCAUUUCUGCAUCUACUAGCACCAACGCACACAUUACUCAGCUCUAAGCGUUGGACUGCUGUGUCAUUAAAAUAUCGUCCGUUUCACACGAAGUGAACAAACAGCAGCACCUGUGAAGAGCCCUGUCUACUUUUUCCUGAAGUUCCCACCACAUGAAAGAACUUCACACACAAAAACUCUCUUUUGUGUCGUUUUGUGUGAUUUUUGUUUAUUGCGAAUAUUUAAAGUGCAGUGUUCCUCCCCUUUUUCUUCAGCUGUUCCAUCUGCGAUUUUUAGUGUCCUCUCGAUACCUGCAGCAGUGUCGGAGUCAGCCUCUGUAUGCCGCCAGACUCCACGAUGACAAGUGUCAGGAGCGUGUGCGGGCGGAUAGGCUGCACCGCGGCGGCCCUGUCUACAGUGUGGAGCGCCGUGGAGUGUGGAAGUGCCAGCCAGCCAGUCCGCGUGGGCCGCGGCCGCCGCCCCGCCGCCCCCGCCGCCCACGGAGCCGCCCCGAGCCCCGGGCAGCCCCCUCCGGCCUGCGGGGGUGGCAGCAGCCGGCGGCGCGCUGGCCCACUUCUUGUUGAUGUUGUUGUCGUUGUUGUUGUUCACUUGUAAGCUGUAAACAUGUAAAGCUU